AUGCUUUCCAAAAAGAGGAAGCUCAAUAAUGCUUCGUGGCUGAGCUCCGAGAACAAGUCCCCCGAUGGCAGCUACGGCAUAAUAAGCCCUGCUGACUCGUCCCACUAUGCGGAAAGCGCCAAAAUUAUCAUCCAGAGUGAGCUCAAUGGCAAUGAAUCCCUCAAGGACGAAAGACAGUCAGUUCUGAAGUCUGCGUUGGAGUUUGUCAAUAAGAUGGCCCAACGACCAGCUAUGAUUAGUGACUGGAUGCCGUUGGAGCUUCCAGAGGUGGACAUGCCCACUUCACCAGAAGACAUCGCCCCCACUUCAGAGCUGUUCUAUAUGCUUUUUCGAGGUGCAUAG